CCAUGAUCACAUGACCAUGCACAGGUGUUGACAAGUAAGCAGUUUCUGAUGAGGAAGUAAAUCCCUACACUCUUGAACCAAGGUCUACGCUAGUGUGUAUCAGUUGUGUCUAUCAGCCUACUGUGUCAGCAUGGCCACUGUCUACCUUCCACUUGGUCUGCUCCUUGCCCUGUGUGGAGGCUUGAGUGCCGUCUCUACUUACAAGGACACCCGGUUGAAGUUUGUCAGCCAUGAGGCCCUAAACAAGCAUGACAAAACAGAGUACACAGACUGUCAUCACCUGCGCCACACUGGAGGGUACAAUGUGUCUGGAGUCUAUACUCUUCACCUCAACAGUUCCUGGCCAUAUCCGGUGCACUGCGAACAUACUGCCGACAUUUCCUACACUGUCAUACAGAGACGCAGUGAUGGCAGCGUCCACUUCCAACGAAAGUUCAACGAGUAUUAUUAUGGUUUUGGAUAUCCUCAAAGUGACUACUGGAUGGGAUUAAUCACUAUGUACCAUCUUACAAAUGCAGGCAACAAUGUCCUCACCAUCAACAUGCAGACAUGGGACGGCCAAGCACGAAAUGCCCGCUACUCCAUGUUCAAACUACUUGACCCCACCAACUUCGUAUUGCACAUUGGGGGAUUCAGCGGCCAGGUUCCCGACGACCUCGGCUUCAACAACGGCAUGCCGUUUGCAACCAGUGACCGCCCCGAUCGGAACUUAUGCGCUGUGUACCAGAAGGCAGGCUGGUGGUACAACUACUGUACCUAUGCACUCCCGACCGGGAACUACUACUAUGGCCGUUACCAACCAACAGGGGGCUACUAUGAUGGUAUCUACUGGAAGGACUGGACAGGUUAUGACUAUUCCUUGAAGUUCUUCUCAAUGUCUCUAUCUCGACAGUGAUUCUCAAGCUUCAGCUUACACAUGUGAGCAGCAUUCAAUUAUUUUAGCUUGCCGGAAGCUCAUGUCAUGUGUGGACAUUUUUACAAAGAUGUGUAAUUUCAUACAAAUCACUUGUUAUUUGUAAUUGUACUGUUUUCAAUGUUUAUUCUUGUAUGAAGCCAUCUGUAUGAAGCUUUUGAAGUUUUUGUAUUAAAAUAAAGUCAUCCUCUCGACAAAA